AUGAUGCCUACCAUCAUGAUGAGCAUCUUUUUGCUUCAUUUUGCUGCUGUGGCUUCCGAACCGCAAUACAUCCUAUGGGUUUCCUCUGUGAUGCAGAGUUAUUCUACAGAAAAAGCUUGUCUCCACCUCUUAAACCUUAAUGAAUCGGUAGCCUUGAGUGUUGUCUUAGAAUAUGAUGGAUCCAAUACCAUUAUUUUUGACCAGUCUGUGGAAGAGGAUAACUUCUAUGCUUGUGCAAAUUUCAAGGUCUCUCAGAAGUCCUCUGAACAGCUGGCUUUUGUGACCUUGUUGGCUAAGGGAGACACUCUUAAAAUAUCAGAAAGGAGAGCUGUAUCAGUCACUGCAGAGGAGGAGAUAACUUUUAUUCAGGCAGAUAAACCCAUCUAUAAAUCUGGAGAGAAGGUUCAGGAUCCUGAAAACAAUAGGAUUUUCCAGUGGCAAAAUGUGACUUCUUUCCAAAAUAUUACUCAACUCUCAUUCCAAUUAAUUUCAGAACCAAUAUUUGGAGAUUAUUCUAUUGUUGUGAAAGGAAAAUCAGGAAAAACAGUGACACACCAAUUCACUGUUAAGAGAUAUGUGCUUCCCAAAUUUGAAGUUAAGGUCAGUGCACCACAAACAAUAACUAUUACAGAUGGUGAAUUCCAAGUGAGUGCAUGUGCCAUGUACACCUAUGGUCAACCUGUGCAAGGGAAGGCCCAAAUCCGGGUGUGCAAAGAAACUAUUCCUUCGAGCAACUGCAAGAAAGAUGACAAUGACAUAUGUGAGCAAUUUAUUGCACAGUUGAAACAUGGUUGUGUUUCUCGAAUUGUAAAUGCAAAAGUUUUCCAACUCUAUUAUUCAGAAUUGCUUAAACCAUUUUACAUUACGGCAAUUGUUACAGAAUUUGGAACAGGUGUGCAGAUCAGUGAAAAGACUUCUAUUUUUAUCACUCAGUUUCCUGGAACUGUGAAAUUUGAGAACAUGGACCCUUUCUAUAGAAGAGGGAUUUCUUAUUUUGGAACUCUUAAACUUUCUGGUCCCAAUGAUGUACCAAUGGUGAGCAAGUUGUUGCAACUGAAGCUUGAUGGCAAAUUUGUGGGCAAUUACACAACAGAUGAGAAUGGCGAAGCUCAGUUUUCCAUCGACACUUCAGAUAUAUUCAAUCCGGUGUUCAACCUGCAAGCCAUGUACAUUCGCCCUGACAGCUGCCAUCGUCUCAGGAUGUGGGAGUCCCUGUAUUUGGAGGCAUAUUUCUCAGUCUCACGCUUUUACUCUCGAACUGGUAGCUUCCUGAAGAUUGUUCCGGAACCAAAGCCGCUUAGAUGUAAUCAACAGAAGAUUAUUACUGUGCUUUACUCCUUGGACAGUGAAGCAUAUAAGGAUGAUUCAAAUGUAAACUUCUUCUAUUUGGUGAUAAUUAAAGGAGCUAUCUUCCUCAGUGGACAAAAGGAAAUCAGAAACAAAGCCUGGAAUGGAAGCUUCUUGGUCCCAAUCGACAUCAGUGCUGAUCUGGCCCCUGCAGCUGUCAUGCUUGUCUACACCCUUCACCCCAGUGGGGAGAUUGUGGCUGACAGGGUCAGAUUCCUGGUUAACAAGUGCUUUAAAAACAAGGUUAGCAUAAACUUCUCUAAGGAGCGGGGACUACCUGGCUCCCAUGCCAGACUCUAUCUUCAAGCAGCCCCUGGCUCACUCUGUGCUCUCCAGGCUGUGGAUAAAAGUGUCCUUCUACUGAAAUCCAAACAGCUGUCAGCUGAAAGUGUGUAUAACCUGCUUCCAGAUACAGGACCAUAUGGUUAUUUCUAUCCUGGUCUCAAUCUUGAUGAUAGCAAGGUAGACCCUUGUAUUCCUCAGAAGGAUAUGUUUUACAAUGGUGUAUAUUACACACCUGUAAGCAACAACAGAGAUGGAGAUGUCUAUGAUAUUCUCAGGGAUGUGGGUCUGAAAGUCUUUACCAAUCUCCAUUACCGGAAACCAGAAAUAUGUCCAAGGGAAGGAAAAGGAGAUCUGCUAUUCCCUGAGCCAUUAUAUUCAGGAAUUCCAGGAAGUCUAGGAGGUCCAGAAUAUUAUGCACCAAUGUAUACAUUUUCAUCUAGAUUUACAUCUGCUGAAAUCGCAGGGAGCAGUGUUUAUAAAGAACAGGUUUUUGUAGAAACAGUAAGAAAAAACCUCCCAGAGACGUGGAUCUGGGACCUCAUCAGUGUGGAUUCCUCAGGUUCAGCAAAUCUUUCAUUCCUGAUUCCUGAUACUAUAACUCAAUGGAAGGCAAAUGGCUUCUGUGUGAAUGGUGAGGCUGGAUUUGGCAUUUCAUCAACAAUCACUCUGGAAGUCUCCCAGUCUUUCUUUGUUAAGAUUGACUUGCCCUUUUCGGUUGUUCAAAAUGAACAAUUUGAUUUGAUUGUCAGUGUCUUCAGCUACCUGAAUACAUGUGUAGAGAUUUCAGUUGGGUUGGAAGCAUCUCAGGAUUAUGAAGCAAGUAUCAACACCCUGAAAAACAAUGGCAGUGAGAUUAUCCAAGCUGGAGAGAAGAAAACAUAUGUCUGGACUGUUACACCUAAGAAAUUGGGNAAAAUGAAUAUCACUGCAGUGGCUGAGUCCAAACAAAGUAGUGCUUGCCCAAACAAAUCAACUGAGCAGCAAAAUCUAAACUGGAAAGACACCGUAGUCAAGAGACUAUUAGUAGAGCCUGAAGGUAUUGAAGAAACUACCCAGAGUUACCUUAUCUGUACAAAAGGUACCAAAACCUCUAAGCAAGUAGUUUUGGACUUGCCAAAUGACGCAGUAGAAGGAUCCACCAGAGGCUUUUUCACUGUUGUGGGAGAUAUAAUAGGACUUGCAGCUCAGAAUCUGGAGAAUCUUGUCCAAAUGCCCUAUAGAUUUGGAGAGCAGAAUAUUGCCCUAGUAGCGUCCAAUACCUAUGUCCUUGACUACUUGCAAUCUACUGAGCAACUGACAGAGGAGGUUAAAUCUCAGGAACUCUUGUUCUUAUCUAAUGGUUAUCAAAAGCAGUUGUCUUUCAGAAACUCUGAUGGUUCAUACAGUAUGUUUUGGCAGAAGAAUCAAAAAGGAAGUAUAUGGCUUAGUGCCCUUACUUUUAAGACAUUUGAAAGGAUGAAAAAAUAUACAUUCAUUGAUGAAAAUAUUCAAAAACAGACCUUAAUUUGGCUUUCAAGCAAACAGAAAAGUAACGGUUGCUUUGAAAAUGAUGGUGAGCUCUUCAAUGAUGCCUGGAAGAGCAUGAGCUUUCAAGUCGAGAAUGGUACACUCAUUUGUUCUAAUACCUGUUCCCCAUUCCUGUCAAUUUCUUCAAAGCUGGAAAGCCAGGGCCAAGUGAUGAAGACUGAAAUCAAGAAUGACCAUGCCCUUUUCUACUUAAAAAAUGUUUUUAGAACACCAAACAGUUUCACUUUUUUUGUUGAGCAAAGCAACCUUGUGUUGAAUAUUCAGCCAGCCCCAGUCUUGGUCUACGAUUAUUAUGGAAAAGAUGAAUAUGCCCUUGACUUUUACAACAUCAACAGUACUUCAGUUUCCUAAUGAGACAAAAU